AUGUCAUUGAAACGCACCAUCCUGCUCAUUAACGGGCCCAACCUCAAUCUUUUGGGUACCCGUGAGCCUCAUAUCUACGGAUCCGAUACCCUUGCCGACGUGGUGUUGAAUACGAAGGCCAUAGCGGACAAGUACGAUGCGACGCUCUACGAUUUUCAGAGCAAUCACGAAGGCGCCAUCGUGGACAGGAUCCACCAGGCUAGAGAUGAGGGUGUUGAUGGGAUCAUCAUCAACCCAGGUGGUCUUACUCAUACAUCUGUGGUCGUCCGUGACGCGCUACUUGGCGUUGCAAUACCAUUUAUUGAACUCCACGUAACGAAUGUUCAUUCGCGAGAGCCGUUCAGGCAUCAUUCAUACUUUUCGGACAAGGCGGCAGCCAUUAUUGUCGGCUUCGGCGUUAAGGGAUAUGAGUACGCUAUUGAUUUUGUCGCUACGAGCCCCAAGUUCGGUAAAUCGGAGAGGACAUAA